UGUGACAGAAAACAGGCAUGAUAGAAAAUACCCACACGAAAUAAACCGACAAAAUUACAUAAAUUGGGAUUGGAUUCAAUAAUUUGAGAAAAAUUAAGUGAAAUUAUAUUAAAAUCUGAUCCCCAAUAAAAAUAAACACUAUGUAUAAAUUUUUGGCUUUAACAAGAAGCAACAAAAGCAUUACGCUGGGGAGGCAAUGCUUGCAAAGAUGGGAACAUCAGCGCUGGUAUUCUCAACCAGGAAGAAGGCCAGGAUUUCUCUCCCAGUUCAUUGACAAUAUCAAGAACGAAAUGGAUAAGAACAAGGAAAUGAAAGAGAGUAUAAAGAAAUUUCGCGAAGAAGCCCAAAAGCUGGAACAAUCUGAUGCUUUACAGUCUGCUCGGCAAAAAUUUAACAUAGUCGAAUCUGAGGCCCAAAAAUCUUCCAAUAUCCUUAAAGAUCAGUUGGGAAACAUCAAGGAGAAGGUCUCCGAUGUCAUUGACGAGGCGGGGAAAACAGAUUUCGCCAAAAAAGCCACAAAACUAGGCGAAGAAAUUUCCAAGCAAGCCAAGACAGCCAAAGAAUCUAUAUCGGAAAAAGGUGAAAAGAUUGGUCAAACCACCGCGUUUCAGGCCAUUUCAGAUACCACAAAAAUGAUAAAACAAGAAAUGGAUGCGCAAAGUAUAAAUUCUCGAGUUUAUAGAUCUCCAACUCGAUUGCGCAAACGCAAAGAAGUCGAUUUAGCCGCAGAUGAAAGGGUUGUCGAGCCAAAUAUGGAAGCUUUGGGAAUGGAGCUGCAUAAGGACUCAAAAUUCUAUCAAUCAUGGGAAAAUUUUAAAAAUAACAACGCCUAUGUCAACAAGGUUUUAGAUUGGAAAAUGAAAUACGAAGAGUCGGAAAAUCCCGUUAUAAGAGCAUCCAGGUUGUUGACAGAUAAAGUUUCAGAUGUGAUGGGUGGUUUGUUCUCAAAAACUGAACUGUCCGAAACACUGACGGAACUUUGCAAAAUCGAUCCGAAUUUCGAUGAAAAACACUUUUUAAAGGAUUGUGAAACCGAUAUAAUACCCAACAUUCUGGAGGCUAUGGUACGUGGUGACUUGGAAAUCUUAAAAGACUGGUGUUUCGAGAGUACCUACAACAUUAUUUCCACACCCAUAAGUCAGGCCAUAAAAGCGGGCUUGUAUUUGGACUCGAAAAUAUUGGAUAUUGAAAAUAUUGACUUAGCCAUGGGUAAAGUCAUGGAGCAAGGCCCUGUGCUCAUUAUUACCUUCCAAGCCCAACAAAUUAUGUGCGUACGGGAGCGUAGCUCCAAUAAAGUUGUCGAAGGCGAUCCCGAAAAAGUAAUGCGGGUCAAUUAUGUUUGGGUAUUGUGCCGAGAUCCCAACGAAUUGAAUCCAAAGGCCGCUUGGAGACUGAUGGAGUUAUCAGCCAAUAGUCAAGAACAAUUUGUUUAAUAGCACAUAGAAUCGAAACCAUAAUUGUUAUGUUUGCAAACAUAAAAAGUAAAAAAAAACAACAUCCUGAAUUUAAUUUUAAGCUAUUUUUUAGAAAUCAUGACGAGUCUGGAUUUUUCACAAAUAAUCAAAAACCUGUUGAAUGUUGAAUUAUUGGGUCAUUUUUAUUUUUAUGUGGCUUUUCUACAUCAUUGAUUAUUUGUUAAAACACCAGAGUGUGUCCUAGUUCAACUUUACUCCAACACAAAAAUAAGGGAUUGGAAAUUCCUUUUAUUCGAAACGUUUUAAAUAUUUAGGCAACUUUUAACUACCUCUGUCUAUUUGGAACGAUUUGAAUGCAAAUAUUUUUAAAUUGUCUCUGAUUUUUUUUAUAACUUCCAAUUAUUUGUAAAAAAAAUAACCUUUGAUAGAGAACCACAACAAAAAGGAAAGUAAUUACUGUUUCAUUGAUAGAAAAUAAUGUAACAUAUUCACAUAAUUUGUAAAUAUUAUCUCUAUGUUUGACUGUGUCGAAUUUCAACAUAACCUGUAGCACAUUUUAAUCUUUAAAAAAGCUAAUUUCCACUAUGUGGCUUAAAAGAGUACAGUUUAGAAAAAAUGUGUAGAAGAUGUUGAUCUAUUUUUAAUAAAACCAAAAGAAAAAAUGUACUUUCUCACUA